CGUCGAGGUGGCUGCACGAUGGCGGUCUAAAGAUGGGGGAGACGGCCCCUCUCGCCGACUUGGGGAGACAGCAUCCGUCCGCCGAGAUGUGGAGGGUCAGGACUGCGGAACUUGCAAGUAGGGAAAAAUCUCGAGAAUGGAUGGGGAAAAAAGAGAGAGAAGGUAGGUGUUAACUGGCGGUUUAGUUCAGCCUCGAUACCAGGAUUUAAGCGAACCUUGUUUGGUUUUGGACAACCUCUCCGAUACUGUUGACGGAGUUGACCUGCAGCCACCAUGAACAAUCCGAAGCUGCCAUUUUCCAUUACCAGAAUGCCUAACAGCUUAUUUUACACAAACCCUGGUUCUUAUCUCCCCUUCACCUCUCGAUAUUUGGUUAUCUACCAAACCUCAGCUCGCCGCAUCACGCGCCCUACCUUGCACGGAAUACUUUGAGAAAAUCCCUCACCACGCCACUACAGCGCCAGCCAAAGACGGGGAUCGAGAGGCCAAGAUGCUUAGCCCGACGCGUAUCCUCCUCGUCGUCCUCGGAGCCCUGUUCGCCGGCGGCGCCACGGCCGCUCCCCUGCACGCGGCCCAUCACAAAGAGGGAGUGGCCGCCGGCGGACUCGGCAACGCCCCUCCUAGCCUGGAAGCUCAUGAAAGGAGCGAGAAGCGGUGGCUGGUUCCGGCCUGGCUGGGCGCGAAGCCCUUUGGGGAGAAGGCGGAGCAGGUCAGGGAUGGCAAUGACGAUGCCUCGGCUGCCUCUUCGCCUACUUCCCGCAUUUCUGCCAUACUACCGAGUUCGCCGGGCCGUGCUUCCGGCCCGUGA